UUCUUCACCCCUUCACCCCUUCACCCUGGUCUGCCCUCCCUCCCCUCAUGUCCUUCACCUCCUCCCAUCCCACAGCAUCACCCCUUCAUCUUCCACACGCAACAUUUUUCCUUCCCUAUUCCCCCAUCAUCCACCACCACCACCACCAUCACCGCCACCACCACCACCACCACCACCACCACCACCUACAAGUACAAUGGCGUGGCGGUGGCGGUGGCGAAGGAGGAGGCGAUGCGGGAGGAGUGUGAGGUCCUUCGUCAGGAUAAUAAGUACUUGACCAUGCAAAAACAGGAGGCCAUGAGUCGCAUAGACCUACUGAAGAAUAAGCUGGAUGAACUUAUACAGAACUACGCCUCCAUUGCUCCUAUUAUUGACACCAAGAACAGGCUGCUGGGGGAGGUGGAGCGCCUGCAGGAGGAGCAGAAGGAGGCUAAGCAGAGGCACGCCAGAGAGGUGGAGCUGCUGAAGAAGGAGAUGGAGGAGUCGCAGGCGGAGGACGAGCGGAGACUGGAGGAGGCGGUGCAGGAGGAGAAGAACAAAGCUCUGAAGGCGGCGGAGGAGGCGGUGGCGGCGCUGCAGCAGAAGGAGGAAGAGCUGAAGGCGUUGAGGGAGGAACUGCAGGAGGAACAACGCAAACAUGAAAAAAUCUUGGCGGAGGAGAAGGAAAAGCUGCACGAGGAACAGGAGCAGCUGCGUGGUCGCCUGGCGCAGCUGCAGAAGACCAUCAACUCACGCCAGCUGGCAGACCUCGAUCUCUUCGCCAGCAAGCUGCAGGAGCAUCGCCUCGAGUUCCAGGAAAAACUGAAGGAGAAAGACGCCCAGCUGACGGAGGCACGGGAGGAGCUGCAGGCGGCCCGAGAGACCCUUCGGCACCAGCAGCUCCUGAAUGUAGUGAGGGGCGUCACCACCACCACGCACGCACGCCCCGCCAACGCCAUCCACGCCUCUAGCUACCCCUGCCUCCUCUCCAUUGCUAGGUGGUGGUAAUAAUGAUACAGGAGUGGGAGGUGACAUCACUGACGUGGACGUGGGCUGUGAAUCAGAACCUGGCGUUAAGAAGAUCAAAGUCUCCCAUAACCGCACUCAACCCACCCCAUCCCGUCCCCCUCCAUCCAGGACCCCUACCCUACCCUCACCACCCACCACACUCGCGACGCCCACCAUCACCUCCAGGGCGUCGCCUCUCAGAACGCCCACGCCUGCCUCGCGCCCACAACGCUCGGCGACACACCUCACCAAACGUGUACUGUACUCCGGCAAGUCCUUCCUCAUGGAUGAGCCGCGGCGGUAAUCUUUUUUCUUCCCUCCACGACCUAUUCUCUCUCUCUCUCUCUCUCUCUCUCUCUCUCUCUCUCUCUCUCUCUCUCUCUCUCUGAUAAUUCAAAUGCUCCUUUGUUUUGUGUAAUUUCAAUUUAGCUCAAUUUGCCUUCGUUGCCUUAAAGACAACGAAGGCAAAGCAACUGUAGUCACGGCAAAGUUUGAACCAGUCCACCGCUCGUCUUGCUGCCAGUGGUUGGAAAUAUUCUCAACUCGCACUCGCCUUAAUGAAGCUGAGAGAGGGCCGUACCAAGCACUCCCAACACUGCCUCGGCCUCUUUUAAGCACAAAGGAAGCAAACCAAUGACAAAGUAAAAUAAAACAAGGCCACUAAUUGCCACUCCUUGAAUAAAAGAAAGUAAAGGAUGUGUAGACAGAACCGAUUAAGGAAUGUUUGAUAAUUACAAAUGACUUCCUUCAGGAGUGGGGAGUGACGUGGACGUGGGCUGUGAAUCAGAACCUGUCAUUAAGAAGAUCAAAACCGCCCAUAACACUAUACAGACACCCAGAACAUCCACUCUUCCCACACCACCCACCACACUCCCGGCGCUCACCACCACGCCCGCCUCGCACCCACAGCUGCCCGCACACCUCAGCAAACGUGUGCUGCUCUCCUGCGAGUCCUUCCUAAUGAAAGAGGUGCGGCUGUGUCUAAGUCCUUUGUAUUCUCUAUAUUUCUCUCGUGAAGGAGAAUAACUUGCUUCUUUCUUGUCUUUUCUUCAGUGGUUAUAUUUCUUGUUACAAAGAGGAUGUUUACUUAAGAACCAGAAUUACUUGCUGUUCUUCUUCAGUGUUUAUAUUUCUCGUUACAUAGGGACGCUUAUUUAUGAAGGAGAAUAACUUGCUUCUUUCUUGUCUUUUCUUCAGUUACAAAGAGGACACUUACUUAUGUCCUGUAUGCUUCUCCUGUUUUUUUUUUUUUUUUUCUGGAAAAGAGGAUAAGAAAUUUACAUUUAUUGGCAUUUUCAUUUUUUAGUAAAAGUUGUGUUUCCUCCACUAACAGUAAUCACAACAACUUGUUACACCUGCACUGGUUUCCGUGUGUUUGUUAAGUUGUGACAUGAAUUUGUUGCAAUGAUGAUGAAUUGUUC